AUAUAAAUGAGGAAAACAAGAGGUACAAAAUCACAUUCUUACAACAGUUGAAAAUUCCCAUUAGAGUAGGAGAGCCGCCGGAAGAGAAGAAAUCAGAGGUCUUCAUAGCCUGACCCGCGCUCUCCCAUGGCCGGGCCAUCAUGGUUGGUUGAUGGUAACAGAAUUGCAACAAAAAUCAAGAGUGCAUCUGCUGAGAAAAUCAGAUGGACAAGCAACCCAACGAGAGUUUGCCCAAAUUGCCAGCAUAUCAUUGACAAUGAUGAUGUCAAUCAAGACUGGCCAGGAUUACCCGGAGGUGUGAAAUUUGAUCCAACUGAGCAACAGAUUAUAUUGCAUUUAAUGGCAAAAGUUGGUGUAGGGGAUUUGAAGCCCCACCCCUUUAUUAAUGAAUUCAUUCCAACUGUCGAUAAAAAUGAUGGGAUCUGUUAUACCCAUCCUCAGAAGCUGCCCGGUGUUAAGCAAGAUGGAAGUGCAUCCCACUUCUUUCAUAGAGCAGUCAAGGCUUAUACUACUGGAACUCGGAAACGUCGAAAGAUACAGGAUGAUGAUUUUGGAGAUGUUCGUUGGCACAAGACGGGCAAGACUAAGCCAGUGAUCUUGGAUGGGGUUCAGAAAGGGUGCAAGAAGAUUAUGGUUCUUUACAUGAGUAUGGUCAGGGGUGGAAAGCCAGAGAAAACCAAUUGGGUGAUGCAUCAAUAUCACCUGGGCACGGAAGAGGAUGAGAAGGAUAGGGAAUAUGUUAUUUCAAAAAUAUUUUAUCAGCAGCAACAAGUAAAGCAGAAUGACCAAAUUGAAUCAGAAUUCCUGGAAAUUGUAGAAGCCACAACUACGAAAGUAGAUCCAUUAACUCCCAAGUCUGUAACUCCCGAUCCUCCUCGAACUGAAAGGAGAUGUGGUGAUUUUGACCCGCCACAAGAGUUUAACACUAGCUUCAUGGAUCCUUCUCUUCAGGUGAACAUUACUGAAGAUAAGGUGCAGCCUGAAUGUGAAGGACCCGAUUAUAAUGACCACCCAGAGGCAGAAAAUCAUGCGGGUGAAUUGGUUAAUAAUGAAAAUUGUGCUGGGGGAGACCCAAAAUGGUGGGACAAUGAGUCGCAGUAUCUAUUAGAUUCCCAGCAACUUGUGGAGGGGUUAUCGCUGUGUGAUGAGCUUCUUCAGAGCCAGUCUCCAAACAGGGAUGGAAGUGGCACAGAUAGGAAACAACAGGGCAAGCCCUGUCUUUCUGAUUAUGCACAACUAGGGCCAGAGGAUCUGAAGAAGGAUCUAGAGGAGUGCCAACAUUUGAUCUUGGAUCCAGCAAACAUAGAACUUGAUACACCUCCAGAAUUCCGACUGAGCCAGCUAGUAUGUUGUCUUGUCCAAUCUGGCAUAUUUUCCCUCUGCAGUGAGUUGAUUGUCUUAUGGCAUUUGAAUUUCCAUAACUUUAACAGAUUUCUUAAAUGCCUCUGUAGGAGUUUGGAUCGCAGGAGAGCUUCAUUGCUUUUGGUGGAAGCAAGUUCUAAACAUCGCUUGGGUAUUCGGGCAUCAUCACGGGUGAUGAACUGUUUUUUUUUCUUUUUUGGGUGAGGACUUUGUUUGCUAAUUGUCCUUGGCCAAAAUUAGAACAUAUUUUUGGGGUGGCCAACUUUAAUUCAUUCAAUGGUGGCAACCAGUGCUUGUAAUUAUACUUCCAUGUGAAUGGAUUUAAUGUGUGUUCUUAUCAACAGAUUCAGCUGUCUAUAAGGUAUAUGGUUUUCUUGUGCUAAA